UCUAUAUCGGCUUUGGUGCAUCCCUGUAUUGUUUAAAGCCAAGCCGUAGUGCGUUCACUCAUUUCCAAGCAGUUUAGAUUUACAAUACAUUGCUAACCAAAGUGAUACCAUUCACCUGAAAGUGAAAUGAUUGUAAACUUGCUCCUUUGACAUUACUCAGACGUAUGUAGAUCACUUGUGUUGCACUGAUCUUCUCACAGUAAGAAACAGAGCUGGACUUUUCAAAGUCUAGGCAUUAGUUUCUAAUUGUUUCUCAGUAUUAGAGCUUUAAACAACAGCAUAGAUUUAAAAAUUCUUAAACCAGCCAAAAAUAACAUAAGGACCCGGUGAGUACUGAGAGUAGUAUGUUAAUUCCAGUUUGCGAUUUUUGCAUAUGAUUUUUGCUGAGUGGACUUGGUCCAUUUCAGUAUAUUUGCACAUACCCAUGCGACACACAGCAUGCACUGCACACGUUAUCACUGGUGUGUUGUUUUGACGCUGGAGAAGACUAAACAGUCCAAAUGUUGUCAUCACAAACAAGCCUUAAUUUAAUCAUUUAAUCAUUUUUUGCCUUAUUGGUUCUAAACUUUAAGUGAUUUUAGGUGAGUCUAGGUUUGGAUUCAGAGUUUUGAUAAGAUAAUUUGAUGCUGCUUUGAUUGUAAACCCUUUUUUCUUUUUCUUUUUUCUUGGACACUGUAUUUUAACCUGUUUUUGGGGUGUUUAACCUGUUUGUUUUUUCCUCAAUAAAGUUCUCUGUCUGAAUUUCUUGGUUGCAGCUGUAAACUAAGACAAUAGAGAAGUGAGUAAAUAGGGUCAUAACAGUACCUGGAUUGGGGGAGGCGGAAUUGAUAGUUUUCCAUUGUGCUCUUAUUCUAUCCGGGUCUGCUUUUACUGUAUUGGGAGUAUGUCUGGGAUCAUUGGGAUCAUCAUUGUUAGGUGAUGUGCCACUUGUACUGGUUUCUAAGGGAAUACUCUUUGAUCCUCCAAGCAUUAAAGUCUGAACCAUGAAUUAAUUGCCAGAAAAUGGAGUAUUUAUUGAAGCAUCUGACAAUUUAAAAAAAAUCACGAAAUAAUGAUAAUUACAUUUCCAUAUAUGUAUAAUUUGUAUAAUAUUUUUCCAGACAUUUUUUUGUUCCUUAAAAAUGUAUUGUGCAAUCCUAUGUAGGUUUUUCAGGGGGAUUUAGGGGGUCACAUUUAUGACGUACAGCUCUUAAAAAAACAUGUAUCAAAUGUGCCACACUAAGCCUUAAGUGGUUAAGUAUAAAGUUUGUGUAGCGUUUGAUGCUUUCAUUUGUGAUUGCUUACAUGUGAACCCUGCGUGUUGAAUUAUUAAUGUGCAGGAGGCACGGGAACGUGCUGUGUGCAGGAAUGCAGGAAUCCUUUUGUUGGUGCGUCUCUAAGGUGACUGACUGCACAGAACAGCACAAGGGGCGGCCUGGCAAGUGGACACUUGGCUUAAAGACAUCAAUCUGGAAAUACAUCGAUCGGACUUUAAGUGAAGCGGAACUCAAGGUGCUUCCUCAAAAGUGUUUAAACCGUCUGUGCUAAUGGAGGCGAGCCUGACAUCAGCCCCUCACUCGGUGAAGCGGUGGCAGCUGAGCGGGACGGACUAUGAGCCGCAGCAGGCCGGCACCCUGCUGUCUGACACCCGCUUCAGCAGCUGGACUCCCCUGAACAACAAGCGGAUCAACCUGCAGUUAUUUGAGGAGAGAGUGAAUCUUGUGCUGCACUGGUUUGAUCUGUGGACGGACAGACAGAGGAAACACCUGCUGCACUCUCUGCUCACUCGUUGCACCAAGUCACAGCUCAGGUACUGCCGGGAUUUGCUGAUUGAGACGGUUCCGGUCACUAAAGUGGACCUUACGUCGGUGCUGCCUCGGUUUCUCUCCCUGUAUGUGAUGUCAUUUCUGUCCCCACGUGACCUUUGCAAAGCUGCCCAAGUCAGCUGGCACUGGAGGGUUCUAGCUGAGCAGGACUGUCUGUGGGCGGGCCGGUGCAUCAGACGAGGCUGGUUCCUUCCUUACACUCCUGGAGAAAAAGAGUUUGGUGCAUGGAAAAGUCACUAUGUCUCCUGCCUCUCCACACUUGACUGGCUCACUCCACGGGAGGCAGCAGAGAUGUAUGGGACCCUCAACCAGCAAAGCACAGGAAUGACAGAGGAGGAGGAAGAGAGGAGGAGGGAGAAGAGGAUCAGGCAGCAAAUCAGAGAAAAGCUUCGAGAGGAGAAGAGACUAUCUGUGAGUGCCAGGAGACCCUGGGGCAGCUACACAAAGCCAGAAAUAGCCAAAGGUGGAGGUACCCAGAAAGGGAGACCCGAGUCUGGCCUAACAUUCGUCUCUCAGCCCUCCCUCUCCUGGCCUCUGAGGAGCGUUGGCUCUUCCAGUCACUCUCUCAGCCUGGAAAGAGGACAGCCCACAAGUGCACCUCAGACCUGGGAGAGAGUCCAGGCCUCCAGCAUUAGCAGCGAAACACUGAUCAAAACCCGAGGAGCGUUGUCGUCUUUUAUCUACAGACCUGCACAGCCUCACACAGUCUCUCCCCUUCACCUAUCCGCUCCUGCCCUGCUAUUGCUCAUCUCCAACAGAAUUCCUGCAUAUGAGCUGGUGUUGAGCGGAGUGAAGCCCGGUGUGACUGCGGUUCUCUAUGACCAUAGAGGGACUCUCUCAUCUCUGCUAACCCAGGUGGAGAGGGCUAUUUUUGGGAAACCAGCUCAGAGGAUUGGCCUGCUAGCUUGCGGAGGAACACAGGACAUUCACCUGCUUCACAACUCUAGCCUAUCAGAGAAGACUCUACUGACUCCUGAUCAUAGGGAAUUCUGGGAAAAACUGUGUGGCAUGGUGGCUCCAACUGAGGAAGGAGGAGGGAUUGACAUAUUCUGCCCGCUGGCUGCAUCUGCAUCAGGAGUGACUCUCCUUCAGAAUCUCUCCACUUUGACUGGUCUGGAGGUUCGGGCACCGGUGGGUGUGGCCACCGGGAAUUUCCAGAACAUCCUCAGCGAGUGGUCUGACGGCAGUGUGCCUACUGGCCUCUCAGAGAACCAGCCAGCACUCCCGGCCCUGCAGUAUGUGUGUGAGGCUGUACUGCAGGGCUGGUGCACACAGGCUCAUUGGAUGGAGGAGGCUUUGGUAGAGCUGAGGAGCACCUUAGGGCUACAGCUACAGUGGACCAGCCUCCAGGCCAGGGGCCGAGCUCUGGGCUAUUUUCUGUGGGAGAGAAUCCGCCUUGAUGAGAUUUGUGUGUCCAGAGAUCUCAGCGAGGCUCUGAUCGAAGGACUCACUGCUCUGACCAGAGAGGAGGAGACCCGACCUGUGGAGUUUCUUUCCAUCUUUCUGAAAAACUGGAAUGAAGAGAAGAAGGGACAAGAGGGUAAUGGAGAGGACAGCAGUGGAGCUGCUGGUGGUUCACAGACAUGCUUCACCGUGAUACUUGAUCUACCACAGAUGGUUCUGGAUUGGAGAGGUGCAGCUGUGAGAGAGCUGCACCACAGCGAGUGUCUUUAUCUGGGAAAGCUGAGCGCUGUGCUGAAGGUGUACAAGGAGCCUCUCACAGCAGCUCUGAACUCCAACAGAGCCAUUCUGAGCUAUGCUGACAUCCAUGUUGUCCUCAGUCCUGUUGCACAAAUACUGGAGCUCAACAGGGUGUUUCAGGCUGAUUUACAGGUGCGGCUACAGCAGUGGGGUGCAGAGAAGUGUAUUGGAGAUGUUUUCGUGAAGUUCUGCUCAAAACUUAAAGUCUACACAAACUACCUCAACAACUACACCACUGCCAUCCACACCAUUGAUAAGUGCAGGGAGAGCAAACCAUCAUUUCGAGCUUUCUUGAAGAGAUCUGACAGAACACUUGCAACUCACAUGCUGAGCCUACAAGAGCUGCUGCUGUGUCCAGUGUGGAGGAUGCAGGAGUAUGUGACUCUGCUUCAAGCUCUGUCCUUGCACACACACCCCGGUCAUCCUGACCACGCACAUCUCCGCUCUGCCCUCAACACGCUGCUCCAGUUCAGAGAGUUCAUACACAAGUUAAAGCGCACCUCAGAGGCAGACAGACUGAUAGAGGAAACGCAGCGACAGAUUCAAGGCUGUCCGAACCUCAGUGAAGAAAACAGGCAACUAAUAAUGACUCAGGAUGCUGCUCUGCACAGGAGCCCUGAUGAGCAGAUACCGGAUUCUCUCAAGACUUAUGAGCACGUCUGUGAUGUGGGCCUCUUCCUGCUCAACAAUGCUUUGGUGUUGACUCUGCAAAAUGUGCGGCACACACCUUUCACGCUGGCUCACCAGAGCACGCACACAUUUCUGGCCUCUGUGGCUCUCACCAGCCUGUCUGUGAGAGAGAUCAGGCACACACGCUAUGUGAGCCAUGCCUUUGUCCUCGAGGGUCCCUGCCACUCCUGGGUCUGUGCCACACAGAGAGGCGAAGAGAGACGGCACUUCCUAUCUGUGCUGCGUUCAGCUAUAGAGUGUGCUUUGGCAGGACAUCAGUGACAGCGAGGUUUGGAAAAAGACUGUUUGACUGUUUUUGUGUCAAAAGGUUUUUGGAAACUAAAAUUUAUGAAGGAAAUUCUAUUUUAAUGUCGUAGUUAAGUGUAAAUAUGUAGACCAUCUGCCAGUGUUUAUAUUUAAUUGAUGCUACUUUUACUGUGACUGUAUUUCUGGAGCUGGAUAGUUCUAAAAUAUGCAGUAUUAGAAAUCUCAUAUGUUUGCAUUCAUAAGAUGAAAAAUGACUCAGUACACAUUUCUACACAUACUUACAUCUUGUGUAGCAGAUGGCCGCCCCUCCCUGACCCUGGUUCUAAGUUUUUCCUUCCCACCGUCACCAAAGUGCUGCUCAUAGGGGGUCAUAUGAUUGUUGGGUUUUUCUCUGUAUCUAUGAAGCGCCUUGAGGUGA